AUAUAAUCAACAAAUACUGGAUGAAUAGUUUUUAGGAGAAUAAAAUCAUAAAGAAGAUGCAACUGCUAAAAGAUGUUUCUUCAUAUUUUCCUGUUUGAGGGUUUAAGUUCCAAUAGUUUCAAACUUUCUGGCCAGAAAACAAUCUUUAAAUCUUCAGUUUAUUGAGGACGUGAGCAGCUGAACCUUUUUAAAAAGCGAUAGAGUAACUUUCUCCUCUUCCUCUCACUCUCUGUUUCCUCCUGCUCUCCUGUUAAGUAGCUUACAGCCUCUUCUCUCUCUUACAAAGUCACCAGCCUCCAAUUAAGCCUCCUGCUGUCUCCAGUCCAUCAUCCUCCUCUGCAGCUAAUUCCUCCUGCUCCUCUCCGUCUCUGUGUGUUUGUGUUCAAGUCUGUCUCCUGUCCUGCUGCAGGUCGGAGUUGAGACCGUCUCGGUGUCGUCCACUUGAUCCGCAGGUCACCAAGUCGCCAUGGAGACAGCAGGUGUAGCCCCGGGUGGGUGGAGGUCAGCGGUGGCGUUGUGUGUCGUGGUCGUGCUGCUCAUUAAAGGGUCGAGCGGGUUAGUCUGUUACACCGCAGUGGAAUCACUGGACUUAGGCUGCCUCCUGCGGUGGACCUGUCCCCGUGCCAGUCCUAACGCCACCUACAGCGUCCAGACCAAGACACAGGGGGGCCCCUGGCAGGACGUCUCCUGGUGCGUCCGGGUCUCGUCCCGCAGCUGUGACCUGUCUCGGGCCUUCUCAGACUUUGAGCUCUUCAACAUGAUCCGUCUCGGCGUCCACCUCGGCCCCGGCUCCACCGUGUUGAUCAAACCACGCAAGUUCGGCUACAGCGACUUCAGAUUCAGUCGUCCCUCGGUCUCUGUCUCUCAGAGAGAUGAGCGGCUGCUGGUGGAGGUGCGGUUCCCUUGCGCUGCCAACAGGAGGUGCUCUCCGGAGAGCUGCUGCCCCAUCUCUGAACUGACUGACCCCCGGACGACAGUGACUGUGUUCAACAAACGCCAGCACUCAGAAUAUCAGAGUCGUACGGUUUGGACCCAGGACGUCGUGACCUUGGUGGAGUUCUCUGGUUUGUCUCCGGGUCAGAACUUCUGCGCCGUGGCCAACUUCUCCCUCCCAGCAUUCUCCAUGGCGGCGUCUCCGAAGUCCAGGCCUCAGUGCGUCCAGAUCGUCUCUAAAUCAGCGUCGCUGCCGGUGCUGUGUCUCGGCGUCCUGCUGGCGUCUCUGCUCCUCGCUCCGCUCCUCGUCGUGGUUCUGAAAAACCCGGGACGAGCUGCAGCCCCUGAACCUCCACCGAAGACUCCAUCCUCUGCUUGUGAUCCCGUCUCGUUGGACCCCCUCUCCCCGGUCCCAGUCGAACCUUGUGACAUUCACAUCGAGUUCCCUGACGACCACAUCUCCAUGGAGACCUCCUCCAGCCUCCCCUCCUCCGCCCAGGACCACACCUCGACCAGCAGUCCUCUCCAUCGGGACUGUGGGGCAGCGUACUGGGACAGCGGGGGGACGGAGCUGGAGCGAGGCCUGGACUCGGGCCUCAGCAUCCCGCCUGUGUCUCAGUCCUCUGAGGAGACGUGUGACAAGAUGAGACUGAUACAAACAGACUGAGUCACUGUCUCUAUGUCCAACACCUUGUUAUUUACAUGUCAUUAUGUUAUUUGUAUUGUUCUACAAAUAUUGGUCUGUAUGUGGCGACAUGAUUUUCUUAAAUGAGCUUUGGCUGGAGACAGAAAGAUCGAGAGCCUCAUCUGCAAACACGGAGGAGGCGGAGUUUAUAAGCUAUACAACAGCCAGCCACCAGGUGGCGAUUGAGAUGCUUUGGCUUCACUUUUGGGGAGCUGCCGUGUCGUCCAUCUUUACAGUCCAUGAUCCUGAUCUGCACCAAACUUUAAUAAACUCUUUCUUUGCACUUGUCAAA